AUGUCGUUCGCUUUAAAAUCAUCCUCGGUUUACGGUUUUAUAGUACUAAUCGCAGUGUCCUUCUACGCCCUAACCGUCGUUGAUCAUCGGUUGAUCCACGCGUUCAAACACAUCCAGCCGUGGUCGGACGAUCAAUUGAUCUGUAGUAAUCAAAAUCAGAAACUUCUGUCGUUGUUCAAUUUGCUCUGCAACACAACCCAAACCGUAUCGAUAGUGACUCGUGAUGCUUGCUACGGAUGUUUCUUCCGUGCCGGAGUGCUACCCUCCGGACAGACUCAACUGCUCGCGAUCAGCCAGUGCGCUACCUUGUACCUGACCAAUAGCAGCUACGCCUCGUGCGCCACGGGAUUAGCGGCCAUCGCCACCGGACUCCGACAGACGACGGUUCCACUGGUCGGAAUCAACUGUUACACCGGCUACUGUGAGUUCGUGCAGUGCGUCCGCAGGAUCAACUCGAACAUCCUGAUCGACCAGUGUAUUCUGCAGACACUGAACAACCGCGAUCUGAACGUACAGGCGCAGAGGAUUGCCUUCUACACGAACGCUACCUCCUGUAUUCUGGCGAGGGCACGUUGCAACUCAUACAAUCCGAUCACCGGAGAACUGCAAACCGCGGGUGCUUUCAAUAAACCUGCGGGCUCGAGGAUUCCGGAUCCGUUGUCCAACUCGUUGCAGAUAACUCCGAGGGGUGACAUCCGGAUUAUUUCGUUUUCCAGUCGGGUAGUCGUGGCGGACCUGUUCUGUUCCAGUCAAACCAUGCUCGAUCAGUCAACUUACGGAGAUUCAGUUUGCUAGCUAGUCGGAAAGGGACUUGUCAUCAUCGAAGAUUCAUCGAACUCGCGAGCGUGUGUGGAUUAUU